UCCAUGUCGCCGCUCGCCUGCUAUAAUCCUACUAGGGUUCUUGCAAGUGCUGGACUCGGUCCCAAGACCCUAGCUAAUGGAGGAUUCCGUGGAGGGUAGAGGACUGCAAGCCUCGUGCUUGGAGGCCGAGACCGCGACCAUUCCGCCUUCCUUCCAAAGCCUCUACUCUUCUUCGCCUCCGUUCUCCAACCCUCUUCUCCAGCCGCCGCCAGCUGCCGAGAGCUCGCCGCCAGCCCUGAGGUACGACAACCACACCGCCCCCAUGUCGGCCUUCUCUGGCGCCCAUUGCUUGCCGAACCCCCCGCCCUCCCGCCGCAAUGGGGUGGCAAAUUGCUAUGUAUUCAAAAGUCGAUUGCAAGAGUAUGCACAGAAAGUUGGCCUUCCUACUCCUGAAUAUCAAACUGUGAAGGAAGGUCCUUCACAUGAGCCUGUCUUCAGAUCAACAGUGAUUGUUAAUAAUGUUAGAUAUGAUUCUUUGCCUGGGUUCUUCAACCGCAAGGCAGCGGAACAGUCGGCUGCUGAGAUUGCACUUAUGGAAAUACACAAGUCAGGCCAGAUGAAAGAAAAUUUACCUACCGUUCAUGAAACUGGCCUAUGCAAAAAUCUGCUUCAGGAGUAUGCACAGAAAAUGAAUUAUGCAAUCCCAUCCUAUGUAUGCAAUAAGCAACCCUCUGGCACAAAUCCAUUUACGUGUACGGUUGAGGUUGGUGGGAUUCAGUAUAUUGGAGCUGCUGCAAGAACAAAGAAGGAAGCAGAGAUAAAAGCAGCACGAACAGCUCUUCUAGCAAUCCAGAGUCAGUCAGAGGCAGGAACAAAUGGUGCCUCGCAGUAUACUGUUCUUCCUAGCAAGAAGAAGGGGAAAGAACAGGAGACAAACACGGAGGCUGUGAAACAACUUAAACCCAAGAAAACUAAUUUUAAGAAAAAAUGGUCUAAAAGGAGAUUUGCUCGAAAUAAAGAUGAGCGGAUGGUGCAAUCCACUAAUGAUGAACUUGGAAAUGUUGAGAUAAAUGAUGCUUCAAGGCUUCCCGGCAUUGAAGUUGGGAUGUCUGAAGUGAGCAAGGAUUCUCAAGGUCAGGUGGGGGCAUUAGUCGUAUAUGAGAAUCAGCAAGGUCUGAAUAUGCCAUCAAUGGAAGCUGACGGACAUUGCCAAGACAAACAAGAGGGACUGGAUUUUCACCGUAGUGGGCAAGGUAGCUCCAACAUGGACGUUUCAACAAAAGUCAGUGGUGAAAAUUUGAGGUAGCUUUAGCAUUUCACCUGCAAAAAAGCUAGAAAAUUCAGCUGUGAGAGACUAGCUUAGAGCCAGAGGCGAAUAGAUUUAGUGGUAACUGAUUUGUGCAUUGGAGUGCCUAGGGCUCAGAUUCUGAGAUUGUAGUAGCAUUUCAGACUCAGAUUCAGUAGAUUACCUCUCUUAUAGGUAUCUUCUUUUACUUUCUCAUACAGGAAUGUAGUUGCAUUUCAGACAGAUUUAGUGAAUUACCUCUCCUUACCCAUCCAUUGUUUUAUAUUCGAAGAAAGAAUAUUUCUCAUUAAUAUGACAAUUGCUAGUUGAAUUGUACAUUUGGCUAAUGAAGAGGUAGUCAUUAUACUUUUGCAUUUGUUGCAGUCAUCAUCUUGUCAUAUGAUUGACCACAAGAUAGUGUAACAGUGAAUUUUUUCUGGUUGUCAUAAUAAUAUCACUAACUCUUUCUGCUC